AUGGGCCGGCAGGAGCCAUGGCCACGCGCUGGUCCUUUCUGGGCAGCCCUGGUCUUCCUGCUCCUCUCCCCAGCCAUGACCCAGCAGCUGGGGGGAGCAGGUCGGAGCCUCAGCUCCUGGAACCAAAAUGCAGGGCUGCCUGGGUCCCCUGAAGACCCAUUCGCUGAGCUGGGCCACCCAAGCCACAGAGAUGAGAAGGAGUGGAGUGCCCCGGUGAGUGGACGCCACCUCCUGAGCUAUGGCGAUGAGGAUGAGGAUAUCUCCCAGGAACUUGGUGAUCGGCUUCCCGGCCACCAGCACCAAGGCCCGGAGGUGAGCAGCGAGGAGGAGACUUGGCAGGCCCCGGGAAAGGAAGACGGAGAAGAUUCAGCGGGACACAGACAUCAUGGACACUGGGACGAGGAGGAAGAGGAGGAGAUUGUGUCCAGUGAACAUCACCGUUCUGCCACCACGCAUGUGCACAGAAGCCACGAGGAAGAGGAGGAGGAGGAGGAAGAUAGGAAGGACAGGGAGGCCUCCAGCGAGGACCGGCCCCAGGGCCACAAACACGGGGAUGAGGAGGAGGAAGAGGAGGAUGAGUAUGGACUCCAAGUCCACGGAAACCGAGGCCACAAACAUGAGGAAGGCAAUGAUGAUGAUGAUGAUGAAGAAGAAGAAGAAGAAGAAUAUGGACUCCAGGGCCACAGACACCAAGGCCACAAACAUGAGGAUGAAGAAGAUGAUGAUGAUAAUGAAUAUGAAAUCCAGGUCCAUGGACACCGAAGCCAUAAACAUGAUGAUGAUGAUGAUGAUGAAGAAGAAGAAGAAGAAUUUGGACUCCAGGUCCACAGGCCAAGAGACCACAAACAUAAAGAUGAGGAGGAGGAGGAAGAGGAGGAGGAUGAUGAAGAAUAUGGACUCCAAGUCCACAAGCCCCAAAGCCACAAACAUGAAGAUGAUGAUGAUGAUGAUGAUGAAGAGGAAGAAGAAUAUGGACUCCAGGUCCACAGGCCCAGAGACCACAAACAUAGGGAGGAGGAGGAGGAGGAUGAAGAAUAUGGACUCCAAGUCCCAGGCCACCGAGGCCACAGGGAGGAAGAGGAUGAAGACACAUCAGAGGAAGACCAGCCUCAGGCUCCCAGCCACGGAAAUCAAGAUCACAGCGAUGAAGAAGAUGAGGAUGAGGAUAUGACCACUGAACACUGGCACCAGGAUCACAGACACCCCCAAGGUCAGGAGGAAGAGGAGGAAGAGGAGGAGCUCACAGUCAGGGUCAGCCGCCAUGCUGAGGGCCACCAACCCCCUGGUCACCAAAUCCCUGAGGACGAGACGCCAUCAGAUGAGCCCAAGACAGAAGCCACCGGGCACCACCCCCCAAGUGUGGCCCAGGAGGACAAAGAGGACUCCUCUGCUGUGCUCCGUCCUGGAGAUGAAGGGCUGGGUGACAGAGUGCCCCCCAAAGAAGAUAUGAGUUCCCUGCCACCGGGACACACAGAGGAUGAGGACAGGGGCCACAGGAAAGCGAGGGAGUCCACGGAGGAAGAUGAGAAGGGAGAGGAAGAAAGCUCGAGGCAGGGAGGAGCUCCUAGCCAGGAGGAUGAGGAAGAUGAGGAGGAAGGUCGCAGGGUCAGCCUGAGCCAGGAGGAAGAAGAGGAGGAGGAAGAAGAGGAGGAGGAGGAGGAAGAACAAGAGGAGAAGAUGCAAGAGAGGCGAAAAGCGGGGACCCCGCCAAGCUCCUACCAUCAGGAGGAGGAAGACGAGGAGGAAGAGCUGGAGGGAGACGUGCUCCCCUUCACCAUCAUCCCGAACCCCCUGAUCCCGAGGGAGGGGGCCGGAGGGGGCACCAGUGAGGAGGACAGUGGCGAGGACACUGCUGCUCCGGAUGCCCAGGAUUAUGAGAACUACCAGCCAGGGUCCCUGUGUGGCUACUGCUCCUUCUGCGACCGAUGCACCGAGUGUGAGAACUGUCACUGCGACGAGGAGAGCAUGGCUGAGCACUGCGACCAGUGCCAGCACUGCCAGUUCUGCUACCUCUGCCCGCUGGUCUGUGAAACCAUCUGCACCCCAGGAAGCUACGUCGACUAUUUCUCCUCGUCUCUGUACCAGGCCUUGGCGGAGAUGCUGGAGCCCCGGGAACCUUGA